GUUUAAAGAACGUCAUGGCAGUGCAGGGGGAUCAAAGUACUACAUUGUAAACAGGUAGGCUAGCAGUAAAUCGUUUCGUGAACCAGAAAAUGAUCUCGGGGACUCAGGUAUUGCGAUCAUACCUACACAACUCCACGUGUUGCUGAGAAAUGACGCCAGUGACAUCACAACCCGCGCGGACUUUCAUCAAAUUGUUUUGAUAUGUCACCCCGUUGAGGAUAUUUAUCGAUAUUUUAAUUUUUAUUUUUUGGGAUCUACUAUAUUUUUGUUUGAGUGAGUGAUUUUAAUUGAGGAACAUGAUUGUGUUUGAUUCUAAUCACUGAGUAAACGUAAAGCAUAUUGAAACUACAGAUCUCGGACAACAUACAGGUAAACGGAAAUACGACAGUGCGAAUUUUCUCGGAAUAUUUAACGUUUAAUGCACAGUUAAAAAGGAAAUUGUUGUUUCAGGGAAAACUGUGAUACACCUGUGAAAGAAAAAUAUAUCUGCGGAAAAUAUUUUUUUCUUGGAAGGUUUAAGGAACAUAUUGACCACAACAACCUACAGGCGCCUGUUUUAUAUGACAUAAACUUCCCUCUUAAUUAUUAAGAAAGAACCCAGAAUCCAGAAGGAAGAUUUAAUUGACAGAAUGUCGAAGUCUCACAACGAAAUCACGUACAAGCUGGUGGUGGUUGGGGAUGGAGGUGUGGGAAAGUCGGCCCUGACUAUCCAGUUUUUUCAGAAACUUUUCGUCGAAGACUACGACCCAACAAUAGAAGAUUCCUACAUUCAACACACGAACAUCGACGGACGACCAUGUGUUUUGGAUGUACUGGACACGGCGGGUCAGGAGGAGUUCAGCGCGAUGAGGGAGCAGUAUAUGAGGAAGGGGGACGGGUUCCUGCUCGUGUUCUCCGUCACUGACCUCCACAGCUUCCAGAACAUACAGAACUUCCACACACAGAUCCUGAGGGUCAAGGACAGAGAUACCUACCCUAUGAUACUGGUCGCCAACAAAGUGGACCUCGUCCAGCAGCGCAAGGUCACAGAGGACGAUGGCCGCACCCUGGCCACAAGGUUAAAUAUUCCGUACAUAGAGACGAGUGCCAAGGAUCCUCCAAUCAAUGUGGAUCUUGCAUUUCAUGAAGUGGUGCGGGUCAUCAGGCAGCAACCGUUUGACCCCAAACAGCAUCGACGGAGGAAAGCAAAGAAAAAGUUGUGCACCAUUCUGUGAGGAAGACAACAACACAGCAUUGAAACACUUGUGUGUCAUAUUAAGUCCCCAUAAAAAGGAGCCAUUCCUGAGCUGAAUCAUCUCUGUAGAGAGGAAUCUUCUGUACUUUGUUAUUGGUGGAGUCGUCGAAUUAUCAGUGUUAAAUGGCAUUGGUUAUUUGAAGAACAUUUUUGUAUGAUAAAUUUUUUUUUUAUAGAGUCUUAGAUUUUCAAUGUUAAAUAACAGAAACUAAUGGGAGUUAACUUUUGGUUUGGUAAUUAUUUGAUUAUUUUGGAGAGAAAAAGAAAAAAGAAAAAGAAAGUCUCCUGAUUUUAAGUGUCAAAUGGCAUUGGUUUGUUGUGACACUUUUUGUACAUUUUUUAAGGAAAACUUUUGCUUUUUUUUUUCAAUUAAAAAAAAAAGAGGAGAAAUUUGAUCUAUAUGUACAAAAAAUGUUAUCGCUGACAAGUGAUGCUUGGUGUGAUUGUCUUGAUUCCGUUCUACCUCUAGUCAGUCUCGAUUCAGUUGUGGUGACGAAUAUUCUUGUUUUAACCUAACUAGGCGGCAUGUUUUGUAAAUUGUCUGAUAUUUACUUUACCCAGCGGGAAAGUGGGUGAUAUAGAAAUAUAAACUAUGUUGUUCAUUGAUAUACCUGCAUGUAAAAACUAACCCACCCUGGUUUCUUUAGAUUAAAUGAAUACAAUGAAUACUCCUUGUGACAAUAAUUCACAAGUAAAACUUCUUGCUGCUAUUUUCAAUGUUCAGGUGUACCGGUAAAUGAAGAUGAGCCAUCAAUUCUUUCUCAGACAAAAUUAGUAUUUAUGAGAGAUUCUUUAUUCAUUUUUUUUUGCCCUCAAGAUCCACAUAGAGGAGUUAGAUUUAGUUAUUUUUUAGUUUUGUAUUGAAAUCCUUUUCCUUCUAAAUUUCUUAUCAUAUUCAUAGUUGCCAGAGUUAUCUGUCUUAGAGGAGUAUUCUGCCGUUGAAUUUGCUUUUCAUGUUGAGGUUUUAUACAUUCCAUACUCUUCAUUCCUUACAAAUAUGAUCUCCUGAGAGUUUUGUUUUCAUGUUGGGAAUGUAUGUUGAAGCUGUUGUUUCCCUUGUCACAUGUAAUUACCAAUUCUCGAUGAAUAUAUUAUGUGUAAUAAGAUGUAGAAAGUUUUUUUCAAUGGCAUAUUUUGAAACUAUAUUAUGAAUCAAAACUGCUUCACAAACCAUGAUUUUUUUUUUACAACCAUUGUGUACAUUUUUACGUUUGAAAUGUGUAGUCUUAAAAAUUUCAACCAUUGUGAGAAUACUGUAGAUCCAUGUCAUUGGAUCCAAAUCACAUUAUGUUUCUAUAUACACUUACAGAUUAUUUAGGACUCCAUUCAAAUGACAAUGUGGUUUUCACUGCUUCAUUUAAUUAUUUAUCUGAAAACCAUGCAGUCAUAUAUGUUAGGGGAUAAGUACAUGUAUUAAAAACUUCACAAUUAGAAUGUUGAUGUGGGAGUGAAAAAAAAGGUUAUUGUGCAUACAUGUAUACAUGUAGUUAUAUAUCCUGUAUGUGAUAUCAACUAUUUACAAUCAGUGUUAUUCUAUAGGGCAAGUAUACUGAAGCUCAGUAAGGUUGUAGUUAAUAGUACUGCUUUGACUUAAGGAGGUUGGAUGGUCAAAUUUAACUAUCAGAUCUGCCAAAAAAGUUUAAGAUGUGUUUUAUUUAGCUAUGAACUAUUAUUUAGUAAAAAAAAAAAUCCAAAUAUUUUAACUUUUUAGAUUAUAGGUAUUUUGCAACAUUUUUAACAUUGCAACAUUUUUACCUACCCUGUAGAGCUCUUCUUCUUAAGGAGAUCAAUACAGUCAAAAAAUGGCCACGUCCAUCAAGCCCUCUUAAUAAAGUAUUGAUUUAAUUGCAUUGAGUUUAAUAAUGCAGUAUGAAAAUAAGAUUUUCUUCAUUUGGGAAAAUGAUAUUUUACCAAGUUUUUAUAAUUUAUAUGAGAAUGCUCAAACUGACAGAACAAAUUUUAUUGUUUUGAAAGAAAUUUGAUAUGACCAAUUUAAUAUAGGUAAUGUUUUCAUUUUACUACUGCUGUUUCAAAUUAAGGAACAAAUGUUAUGGACCAUUGUCAAGUUUCCAUUCCAUACUGAGUAUCGGUCCACCUUUUCGUAUAUUGAUGCAUGCAUUCCUUACUUUUUGUUUGUAGACUAAUCGUGUGUGUUUGAACAAAUGUAUAUUGUAUGUGAUAUUAAAUCCACUCGUUAUUUAUUGCAAAAAUAUUAAUUGUUGAAUAGAAAAUGUAGAAUAUUUAGUUUAUAUUUGGUUAAAAACAUUUAUUUACAAAGUUAAGUAACAAUUGAAAUUUGUUUUUAUUAGAGCUCUAAUAAAAUUCCCUGUGGCGUGGUUAAGUUUUUCUUCUAAUAGAGGGAAAUCUUGAAAAAAAAGAUAAUUUUUUUGAUACUUUUAUAAGUAUUUUCAGAUUCUGUCAAUUUUUUUGAAAAGAUAUAAUUGUACAACAAAAGUAUUUUCUGUUUGUUUUACACUAUAUUGUGUGGACCCAAGUGUGUUUUAAUUAUUUUAUUUGUUGCUUAUAUGUGAUCAUUGAAUCUUUUGGUACAGCAAAAUUACGGUAAGCUGGGAACCUCGUAAGAAAGCUUUUUACGUGAUUGUAUUUAUGUUUCAAUUUUUGAUUUAAAAGUUAGGGUUAUAUUUAUAUGUUUAUAAAUUUUUGAACAAAUUUAAAACAUGAAACCUAUAGGUUGUAUUAUAUAUGUGUGUGUGUCAAGUUUACAUGCUCAGAGAAUGAGCAAUAUUUUUUCAUUAAUUGUGCCAUUAUAUUACAUAGGUUGUUUGCUGUUUACACAUAAUACACAAAAUACACCCCCUCCCCCCAAUCCAUCAAAGGUUGUAUGAAUUGUAUCUUUGAAGAACGUCAUAUUGGAGAACUUACAAAUUCUCCGGUUCAGUGGUUGUACACACAUUUUUUCAAGUCGUAUACACUUACGGUGAUUUUUUAUGAACGGCAUUUCUAUUUUUAGACAUUAUUUUCUAUGACUUUGACAAAUCCACUUAAUUAAACCCUGGCAUUACUGUCAUGAACAUGUGUAUAAGUAAAUACGUAGGUAAACUUGAUGAUUGUAAGGAGAAAAUUAAAGCAGCUAGCAUUUACAAUGACCUUGUUUUUCAUAAGUUAACUAUUAAAAUAAGCAGAUCAUUAAAGCUAUUUCUUUCAGCAUAAUUUUUUUAGGCCUAUAUAGAAGGUAUAAUGGUCUCACUUCUGUAGAAACUAAGCAGCUUCUAUUUAAUUAUACAGCAAUCAUAAUAUUUGAGUCAUUUUUUCUAGGUGUUUCCAAAUGUUUUCUUUUUUAAUUAUUCACAAUUUUUUUCAAGGUGUAAGGAUUUUAACACAUUUUUUUGGUAAAUGUUUGAUGUCUGUGAUCCAUCAUUGAAAUCCUGAUGGAAUGAUAAAUUUUACCAAAGAGGGGAAAACCAAUUAAAGACAAGAUACUGAAAGUCUUAUAGGAUAAGAAAUACUUCAUUUACAAUGAUCAUUCAUCGUUACAGUGUAUUGUUACCAUGUUAAAUUAUCUGCUGUUUAACCAUUUUGCUUUUUUAUUGAAUCAGAAAGAAAACGACGUAAAUUUGAAGUCAUUUAUUUUUUUGUUUGAUAGAAAUUUAUAAAGAAAUAAUGUGUAGGAUAUAUGUAUAUAUCGCUAUUUUUCUGUUGCAAGCGAUGUUAAAAGUAUUUACAUGUUGUUUUGUAACUCCAUUUUAUAUACAUGAAGUUGUAUUCAUGUGAGGUGGUGAAAAGUGGAAGCUGUUGCUACUACAAAUCCAUUUUUAAGUCGAUUUCAAGUCGAUUAGUUGCUCGGCUUUCUUCGUAAAUUCCGGAAAAAAGCGGAAACAGUCAAGCGUCUGGUUGAACCAGCGUACCGGCUGACAUUUUUGUAUUUUUUCAAUGUUAAUGGUUUAAUUGAUUAAAAUAAUUAUUGAAUAAAUAUGAUUUUGUCAA